AUGUUAAAUACAGAUCAAAUUUCUUUGGUCACAUUUGCUGUUGUUCUUCGCCAGUUUGGUGAUUAUGAGCGAGCAAAAAAAUAUUAUCAACGCAUAUCAGUAAGAUCCAGACAACAAGGAUUAAAUGUCGCCCAACUUCAUCACAACUGGGGUAGAGCCCAUUUUGAUGCUGGAGAAUACAAUGAAGCAUUAGCACAACAUCUUGUGGCUCUGCAACAUGUAAUGCCAAGUGAAAUGAUCGGUAUGGUGGUGAUUCUGACAGACAUUGCUGCUACCUAUCAGGCACUUGGUAAUAUUAAUUUAGCAGAAUUAUAUUGUCAUAAAGCAAUGAUGUAUUUGAUAAAAAAUAUUGUUUCAUGGAAUCCUCUUCAUCCUAUUAUUAUUAGUACCUGUACGAAACUGGGCUGGUUUUUUGCGAGAACAGAUCGUUCAGAAAAAGCUAUACAAAUGUAUCAAAAAGCCCUUCAAGUUGGUAAAGCUACGUACCCAAAGGACCAUCCCGAGCUGGCGAACAUUUACAAUAAUCUUGGAGGUGUUCAUAAAGACAUGAAAAAGUGGAAUUCAGCAUUGUACUACUAUGAAUUAGCUCGAAAAAUCUCUGACAAAGUUAUGAUUACAAGUCCUACUACAGCAACUAUCUAUAAUAAUAUUGGAGUUGUCUAUCUAUCAAUGAAUGACUUGAAAGUCGGUAAGAACUACCUCUACCAAGCAUUGAAAAUGCGUCUUGCGAUAAUGUCAGAAGAUCAUCCUGAUCUUUUCACUUCUUACGCUAAUAUUGCCGAUGUCCAUAAAGCAAAACAUGAAAUAGUGCUGGCUAGGAUAUGGUACAAGAUAUUAGCAACAAUGACAGCACGACGUCUACCUGUGGGACAUUCGAUUCGCAUUUAUGCUCAUCUCCAGCUCGGUUCCAUGUACUAUCUUCUUUUCGAAUGGGAGAAAAGUGUACUCUUUACUAGAAGCAGAAAAAAUGAUACAGAAUUUGUGCAGUCUAGAGGCAAAUACGGUUAA